AUGAACAAAAAUGGAACAGCUAAAAUGAAUGAUAAUCAAAUAAGAGCCGAAGGUAGAAGGUUAUUUAAACGCUUCUAUAACAUUCCUGAUGGUGUUAAUCCUAAAACUCGUAGAAGUUAUUUAAAUGAAGCCAUAGAUGCAUAUGAAGGAUUUGACAUUUCAUCAGAAAGUGAGAGAUUAGCGAGAAUGUUAAAUGUUAAUAUUGAUUUCUAUUAUUGUGAUCCUCAACCAGAAGACGUGGACAUAAAUAAGGUAGACUUUCCAUUAGUGGAAUCAAUAAUGAUAGAUCCAGAAUUUGAAACAGUAAAUAUUUUAUUAACACAGAGUCCAUGUGGAAAACUUCACGCUGACAGAAUAACAGACGUUGAAGCACUCACAGGAUAUAAAGUUUGCCCAUAUUGUAAAGAAGAAGUUUAUUCUAUCCGUGAUGAUCCAGAAAGGAAAAACCAAAGAAGAUUUUUAAAACAUUGUGAGAAAUGUAAAGAAAAUAAUGGAAGAUUAAUUCAAGACGUUCAAUUGCAAAAGACACAGCAACCAUAUGCACCACAUAUUACGAAACAGAAGAUAUAUCAGUGGUUAUUAGCUCAUAAUUUGCAGGAAUAUUAUCAACCGACAAGAUAUUAUAUUACUUUUGACUUCGAAACAUUAGAGACUAAAGAAGAACUUCUACUUUCUGAAUGUGCAACUUUGAACGCUUACUUAAAACCAUUUAUGGUAUCAUCAACUGUCAAAAUAAAGCCGCAAAGCGGCGAGGUCGUAGACCGUGAUAAAACAUAUACGAGGAAUUUUUGCUUAACUUCGAGUGAUUCUUUUAUUUCUGACUGGAUUGAGUUUUUAUUUUCAACCUGUUCAUUAGUUGCUAAAUCAAAUAUUGAACAAUAUGAAGAAUUAAUGAAUACAUUAAAUGAGAAACAAAAGGAAGCAAUGAAAGAGCUUUUAGAUGAGGAAUUCAAUAAAGUGAAUAUCAUAG